AUGGUUUUCGUGGGGCAUGGCUGUGGCUCGCCGCAGGGGCCGUACCUGGUGCACGGGGAGCAGAAGCGGGAAGGGCCUCUGACAGAGUGCGGUGGGAGCAGCACUCUCCGGGACUAUCCGACCGACCUGGGGGGAAAGCCCCAGCAGCAGCAGCAGCAGAGCAGCAGCAGCAGCAGCAGCAGCAGCAGCAGCAGCAGCAGCAGCAGCAGCAGCAGCAGCAGCAGCAGCAGCAGCAGCAGCAGCAGCAGCAGCAGCAGCAGCAGCAGCAGCAGCAGCAGCAGCAGCAGCAGCAGCAGCAGCAGCAGCAGCAGCAGCAGCAGCAGCAGCAGCAGCAGCAGCAGCAGCAGCAGCAGCAGCAGCAGCAGCAGCAGCAGCAGCAGCAGCAGCAGCAGCAGCAGCAGCAGCAGCAGCAGCAGCAGCAGCAGCAGCAGCAGCAGCAGCAGCAGCAGCAGCAGCAGCAGCAGCAGCAGCAGCAGCAGCAGCAGCAGCAGCAGCAGCAGCAGCAGCAGCAGCAGCAGCAGCAGCAGCAGCAGCAGCAGCAGCAGCAGCAGCAGCAGCAGCAGCAGCAGCAGCAGCAGCAGCAGCAGCAGCAGCAGCAGCAGCAGCAGCAGCAGCAGCAGCAGCAGCAGCAGCAGCAGCAGCAGCAGCAGCAGCAGCAGCAGCAGCAGCAGCAGCAGCAGCAGCAGCAGCAGCAGCAGCAGCAGCAGCAGCAGCAGCAGCAGCAGCAGCAGCAGCAGCAGCAGCAGCAGCAGCAGCAGCAGCAGCAGCAGCAGCAGCAGCAGCAGCAGCAGCAGCAGCAGCAGCAGCAGCAGCAGCAGCAGCAGCAGCAGCAGCAGCAGCAGCAGCAGCAGCAGCAGCAGCAGCAGCAGCAGCAGCAGCAGCAGCAGCAGCAGCAGCAGCAGCAGCAGCAGCAGCAGCAGCAGCAGCAGCAGCAGCAGCAGCAGCAGCAGCAGCAGCAGCAGCAGCAGCAGCAGCAGCAGCAGCAGCAGCAGCAGCAGCAGCAGCAGCAGCAGCAGCAGCAGCAGCAGCAGCAGCAGCAGCAGCAGCAGCAGCAGCAGCAGCAGCAGCAGCACAGCAGCAGCAGCAGCAGCAGCAGCAGCAGCAGCAGCAGCAGCAGCAGCAGCAGCAGGCUAA